UUUAACUGGCUUGUUUAUGUGCUUAAGUUCGACUUACAGGUGGCCUUCACAACUCAUAGUUUCGAGAACUGCUUUGGCGGCUCUGCGAGAUGUCAUUUGUGCACGGUGAUGGCGCCGCAACUUUACCGGAGGUGAAGUUCACCCAGAUCUUUAUCAACAAUGAGUUUGUUAAUAGCGUGUCUGGUAAGACCUUCCCAACUGUGAACCCAGCCACCGAGGAGAUUAUCUGUCAAGUUCAAGAAGCUGACGAAGCGGAUGUGAAUAAAGCAGUUGCAGCUGCGAAAGCGGCUUUCCGCAGAGACUCGCCAUGGCGCACCAUGGAUGCCUCUGCUCGUGGUCGAUUGCUAUACAAACUGUCAGAUUUGGUCGAAAAGAACGCUGAAUAUAUUGCCGCCUUGGACGCAAUCGAUAAUGGCAAAGUUUUUUCCUCUGCUCUCGGCGACAUCCAGCUCUCAGUUGGGGUUAUUCGCUACUAUGCUGGCUAUGCGGACAAAAUUCAUGGCAAAGUCAUCCCUGUCGAUGGCAACACGGUAACUUUCACGAGACACGAACCUGCUGGAGUGGUUGCUGGAAUCAUUCCAUGGAAUUACCCAUUCUUUCUAUGUACUUUGAAAAUGGCUCCUGUGUUGGCUGCUGGCUGCACACUAGUGCUGAAACCUGCUGAACAAACACCAUUGUCUGCCUUGUACUUGGGGAGUCUGAUUCGUGAUGUCGGUUUUCCUCCGGGUGUAGUCAAUAUCCUACCAGGCUACGGAGAGACGGCCGGAGCCUCACUGGCUGUGCAUCCCGACGUUCGCGUUGUGACGUUCACGGGGAGCACUGAGGUCGGUCAACUCAUCAUGAAGGCCGCCGCAUCAAAUGUGAAACAUGUCAAAUUGGAACUCGGUGGCAAGUCACCUCUGGUCAUUUUCGCCGAUGCCAACUUUGAGGAAGCUGCUCAGACAGCUCACGAAGCCACCAUGACCAACCAUGGACAGUGUUGUGUCGCGGCGACGCGCACUUUUGUUGAGGCCCCUAUUUAUGACAAAAUGGUGAAACGAUUGAAGGAGCUGGCUGAGAAACGGAAGGUCGGCGACCCCUUUGCAGGUGACACUAUUCAAGGCCCUCAGGUCGAUGAAACUCAGUUCAACAAAAUCAUGUCCUACAUCGAAGCCGGCACAAAACAAGGGGCGCGAUUGGUGACCGGAGGUUGUCGAAUCGGGACGAAAGGCUACUUCAUCCAACCCACUGUUUUUGCCGAUGUGACUGACAAUAUGUCGAUCGCGAGGGAGGAAAUAUUCGGUCCUGUUCAGUCGAUUCUGAAGUUUGACACGGUAGACGAAGUGAUUGAUCGCAUGAACAGUAGCGAUUAUGGACUUGGUGCCGGAGUCUUCACCAGUGAUAUAGACAAGGCUAUGCGUAUAGCUCAAGUUUGCGAGAGUGGAAGCUUCUGGAUCAAUUCAUACAACACGCUCGGACCGCAGGCUCCAUUUGGCGGUUACAAGAUGUCUGGUGUUGGAAGAGAAUUUGGGGAGUAUGGACUCUAUGCCUAUCUUCAAGUCAAAACCAUCUCAAUGCCCAUUUCGCUGAAGAAUUCUUAAUUACAACGGCUUGUUAAUUCUCUUCACAAUCCACUUUCAUAAAUUGUCGUCGCCUUGCUUUCCCACCUCUAUCAUUCUCCCAGACCGGUUGUAAUGCCUAAACAGCUCAUCAUUUUAAUACAUUUUGCUCUGAUA